CCCACAGGUGCGAUGAGGCCACUACUGUUCCAUGAAACAGCCAACGCAUGUUUACUAGGCUACCAUUGUGCGUUAAACAUGCGCUUCUGUUUCCAUCCGAUGUAAGGUGCGCAUUGUAGGCAGGUCACUGUAGACUUACGUUGUCAUACCUACAGGAUAACUGUCAGCAAUUCAGUAAAAUCCGAGUGCUCAACGCAACCAUUGGAACGUUCAGCAAACUCAAGUCGGUGAACUUGAGGAAGACACACCAGAAUGGACAUACUAGACCAGUGGUUAUGGAAGCAAGAAUACUGGCUGCCACCAGGCAUCAGCUGGGAGGACAUGGGGAAGAUGCCGAGGACUGACCGCCCUCUUCCCAGAGACCUGGUCCUCUCUCUACCCAUUGCCUUUGCAUUCAUCGCCGUUCGCUACAUUUUUGAGAGGUGUGUAGCAGUGCCCUUUAGUAGGUCCCUUGGAGUUCGGGAUCGGAUAAGAGUACCCGUCCUACCUUCUCCAAAAUUGGAGGCUUUCUACAUACAGCAUAGACCUCAGGAACCAUCCCAGAGUGAGAUGUUUGCACUGGUGAAGCAGACUGGUUUUACAAAGAGACAAGUUGAAGUCUGGUUCCGUCACCGCCGACAUUUAGACCGACCAAGCACUACCACAAAAUUCUGUGAGGCUUGCUGGAGGUUUGUCUUCUACAUGGCGUCGUUCUCUUUUGGACUUCUGUCUUUAGUUAAUGCACCCUGGUUCUGGGAUCAGAGGGAGUGCUGGAGGGGAUACCCAUUACAGCCUGUGGAGCAAGCUCACUUCUGGUACUACCUCAUUGAGUUGGGCUUCUACGAGUCUCUUCUACUCUGUGUGUCUGUGGAUGUCAAACGCAAAGACUUUAAAGAGCAGAUUGUUCAUCACAUUGCCACCAUUUUCCUGCUCGGAUUUUCCUACUGCUCCAACUACAUCCGUGUUGGCACGCUGGUCAUGCUUGUCCACGACUCGUCUGAUAUCCUGCUGGAGUCUGCCAAGAUGUUCAACUAUGCAGGAUGGAAGAGGACGUGUGAUUCCCUGUUUGUCAUUUUCGCAGUUGUGUUCCUGGUCACACGGCUUGUGGUAUUUCCCAGCAAAAUAAUUCAUACAACCCUAAUUUUGUCCAUGGAAGUCUUUCAGCCUUUUAUGGGUUAUUACUUUUUUAAUGCCCUGCUGUUAGUUCUCCAAGCACUACACAUCUUCUGGGCUUGGCUGAUUUUACGGAUGGUCUAUAAAUUUCUCUUUUUGGGGAAGCUGGACAAAGAUGAACGCAGCGAUGAUGACAGUCUAGAAGAUGAAGAGGACGGUGAGGAAGAGCAGUCGUCUUGGAAAAAAAGAGAAGAGGUCCUGAACUCCAAACUGGCAAGUUUAACCAGCAGCUGUGUGCUGAACAACCUCACCCAUCAGAGAGCCAACUCAUCUUCCAGACAGCCCAAGUCCAGAUGAACCUCUCUGGGCUCUAACUGACAUAAUGGAUAGCGUCUCUGGACGUGACUCUGAACAUUGCAGACUGAGGAUUUGACACUAAUCCCCCGACUAAUGACACUCCAUUAAUGAGGUGUAUAGCAUGUCUUUUAGCCGUCCAUGAAGGCAUAAUAGACCAUCUGUGCCAAGCAUUUGAUUUUUAAAGGACACAUUCAUGUUUAAGCAAAGAGGGAACCACAGGAUAUUAUGUUUUGUGAUGUAGAUGUUUUGCACAUUAAAUGAUCUUUAUACCUAA